AUGGAAGACACAGUGCCGCCAGCCGCAGCACAAGCCAUCAUCACAGCCUCCAACCUCCUCAACGACGAGCAGCAGUGCCACAAAGCCGCGGCCCACUUCACCCAAGCCUUUCGACUCGCACCGCAACUAGCAACGGCAUUCGCGGAGGAGUUCGCGGAGGCGGCGGACGCGCUCGCCACGCACCGGUCGCAAAACAAAGGCAGUGAGGAGGCGUGGCGCGCCGUCGUGGGCGCCUACCUGACCUGCAUCAACGCCUGCCCCGCCAACGCCCUGCUCCUGACGCGCCUCGGCGUCGCCGCGCACGCGCGCGGCAAGCUCGUGGAGGCGCGGGCGGCGUUCGUGAAAGCGGCGACCCUCGACGACGCCGUCGCGGCCGAGGCGGCGCGACGGUGCGGCGCCGCGCUCAUAGAAAACUGGCACUGACGCAUGCUCGCGGACACGGCGCGGAACGAGUUCUUCGCCGGUGCGGUGGCGCGGGCGGUCGCCGCCGGGGCAACGACCGUCUUGGACGUCGGGAGCGGGACCGGAUUAUUGGCGAUGGCCGCGGCGCGGGCCGGCGCGGCGCGCGUCGACGCCGUCGAGCGGUGCCCGGCGAUGGCGCGCGUCUGCAGCGAGGUGCUGCGCCUGAAUAGGAGCGACGUCACCCUGCACUGCGCCGAGUCGACGCGUUACGGAACGGAUAUCAGGUACGACGUCGUCGUCGCCGAGGUCGUCGACGCCGCUUUGUUUGGCGAGGGCUGCCUCGCGACGCUGGCUGAUGUUUCAAAGCGGCUGGCGCACGAUACAACGAAAAUUAUACCGCGACGCGCCGCGUUGUACGCCGUCGCGGUGCAGUCGCCCGAGCUGCGGAGCCGCUACGCGGCCGGAGCCGCGCGGGCGCGCGAGCCGUAUACGGUGUGCGACCUCGACGCGACGCCCCAUACGAAACUGGCGACGUUGGACCUCGGCGAGCUCGACUUGGUAAGUGUCGCCCUGCAGGGCAGACGGGAGACGGUGCUCGGCGAGGCCGAGGCUGUUGUAAUGCAAGGGGGGCGCCUCGAGGGCUUCGCCGUGUACUUCGAGCUGCGAGACGGGGACGCGCGGCUCACGACGGCGCCGGCCCUCUACGCCGGGAAUACACCGCGUGCGGUGUCCUGGACCCAGGCCCUCUUCCACGUCGACGCCGCGCCCGUCGUCAAGGCGGGCGACGUUUUGAGAUUAAGAGCGUCGGUCGCGCCCGACGGCGGCAUCGACGUCCUGCGGCUGGCCUACGGCAUCAACGACGCGCCCUCCCAAGCGACGGCCGCCGUGAGCGACGACGCCCCGUCCGCCGACGACGUCGAGCGCGCGAACGAUGGCGUCUACGCCGCGGCGCACGCGCGCGCCGUGCAAAAGGCAGUCGCCGAGACGAACGCCCCGGUCUGCGAGUGCGGUCUGUUCGCCGGGUCGACUCCAACGCCGGGUCAGGUCGUCGUCUCCCACGCGCCCGUCGAGGCUUCCGGGCUCCUGCGGCCGGCUGCUUUUGACCUGCCGCUCGCGCGGGCCGUCCGCGUCGUGCCGCGCGCGGCGACGUGCGUGGGCCGCCUCGUCGCGUCUCCAUCAUUGCGACGGGCCUACUUCUGCGACGAGGCGCUGGGUUUCGACGUCAAGCCGCUGAACGCCUUCGCGUCGCCUAUCGCAAGGGACGUCGACCCGCGCGCGUUCUCUGAUUUGACGUACCUGACGGCGACGGGUAUGGUACGCCGCGUCGAUUUUGUGACAGGAGCGGACCCGGCCGCGGUGCCCGAGGCGUGUUCGUUAGACGUCGCGACGACAGGCGUCGCCGACGCUCUCUUAUAUUGGUGGCGCCUCGGCUACGACGCGGAGUCGCUCUCGACGCGGCCCGACCUGGAUGGGGGCGGGCCCCUGUCGCACUGGCGCUGCGCGGCGUGCGUCCUGCGGCCGGGCUUGUCUGUGAGUGAUGGUGAUACAGUGCGGAUUGCGUGCGCGGUGCGGUUCGGGUGCCUGGAGGUGUUGUCCGCGGAGGUGUUGUCUUCUGAGUGA